AUUGCUGGUGAGAUUAGCUCCCAUGUUAGCUCCUCCUCUGCAGUUUCCUCUCAGGGCCGGGCCAGACCGGGUCUGCUUCAAUGCUAGCCUUUCACUCAGAAAUGGAUUAAUUGUCUUCUCAAAAUGUCCCGUUUCUUAACUUGGGAAAAAUGAGAUCUCUCCUGAAGAUGUUUCCACAAUCAGGAAAAUCAAUUGUCUUUGACAAUUUUCCGGAUCCCACUGACACUUGGGAAAUCAUUGAGACAAUCGGAAAAGGAACCUAUGGGAAAGUCUACAAGGUACUGAACAAAAAGGAUGGAAGUAAAGCAGCCGUGAAGAUACUGGAUCCCAUUCAUGAUAUAGAUGAGGAGAUUGAGGCAGAAUACAACAUCCUCAAAGCUCUCUCCGACCAUGCAAAUGUUGUCAAGUUUUAUGGGAUGUUCUACAAGAAGGAUCUGAAAUGUGGGGAUCAGUUGUGGCUUGUACUGGAGCUCUGCAAUGGUGGCUCUGUGACAGACCUGGCCAAAGGCAUGCUAAAAAGAGGAGAGAGAAUGGAAGAAGCCAUUAUUGCCUUUAUUCUGCAUGAAGCUCUGAUGGGGUUGCAGCAUCUGCAUAUCAACAAAACCAUCCACAGGGAUGUCAAAGGCAAUAACAUCCUGCUGACAACGCAUGGAGGGAUCAAACUCGUGGACUUUGGUGUUUCAGCCCAGCUGACAAAUACCCGUCUGAGGAGAAACACCUCAGUAGGAACUCCCUUCUGGAUGGCUCCCGAGGUCAUAGCUUGUGAGCAGCAGCUGGACUCAACUUACGACGCUCGGUGUGAUGUCUGGUCCUUGGGCAUCACCGCUAUAGAGUUGGGAGAUGGAGACCCCCCUCUUUCUGACCUCCACCCAAUGAGAGCCCUUUUUAAAAUCCCUAGAAACCCCCCGCCUACUCUCCACCAGCCGGAGCUCUGGUCAGAUGACUUUAAUGACUUUAUCUGCAAAUGUCUGAUAAAGGACUUUGAGCUGAGACCAAAUGUGUUAGACCUGCUCCAGCAUGUGUUCAUCAAACAGACUGUCGGCAGAGAGAAAAUCCUGCAGAAACAACUGAUUGAACUCAUAGAUCUCAAUCAGCAAAUUGGAUUAAUUGAAAAAACAAGCCAUCAUGGAAAGACAGACAGACGUACAGACAGUAAUGACAGGCAUGAACGUAUCCACACAAAAAAAGGAAGCCAUAUGAAGACGCAAGCUGACACAGACGAGGUGGACGACCUCGCCACCCUUGAAGUCCUAGAUGAGAACACAGUCACUGAGCAGCUCCAGAGUCGCUAUGCCAGAGAUCAGAUUUACACCUAUGUUGGAGACAUACUGAUUGCAGUCAACCCCUUCCAUAAAAUGGAAAUUUAUUCUCCUCAGUACACUAAGAUGUACAUUGGGGCUAAGCGCACGGCCAACGCUCCACACAUCUUUGCAGUGGCCGACGUUGCCUACCAGUCAAUGGUGUCAUACAACACCGAUCAGUGUAUUGUGAUCAGUGGGGAAAGUGGAGCAGGAAAGACGGAGAGCGCUCAUCUGCUGGUGCAGCAGCUUACAGUCCUCGGAAAGGCCAACAAUCGAACGCUCCAAGAGAAAAUCCUGCUGGUCAACAGUCUGGUGGAGGCUUUCGGAAACGCUUGCACCGUUAUUAACGACAACUCCAGCCGCUUUGGGAAGUACUUGGAGAUGAAGUUUACCAAUGGUGGAACAGUGGUCGGCGCGCAGAUCUCAGAGUACCUGCUGGAGAAAUCCAGAGUCAUCCACCAAGCAAUGGGUGAGAAGAACUUCCAUAUUUUCUACUAUAUUUAUGCUGGUCUGGCUGACAGGAAGAAGCUUGCCCACUAUAAACUGUCUGACAGCAAGACUCCUAAGUAUCUUUAUACUGAACACAUGAAGUUAGGCCCUGACAUUGUGAGCAAUGCCUUCUACAAGGAGCAGUUUGAUGCAGUGGAGCAGUGUUUCAAAGUCAUAGGAUUCACCCUGGAGGAGCUGGGCAGCGUUUACAGCAUUCUGGCUGCCAUCCUUAACUCAGGAGACAUUGAGUUUUCUGCUGUCGCCUCAGAACACCAAACUGACAAGAGCAACAUCACCAACAUUUCUGUCCUAGAGAACGUGGCAUCCCUACUACGUAUCCGAUCAGACGAGCUCCAGGAAGCCCUGACAUCCCACUGUGUUGUGGCCCGGGGCGAGACCAUCGUCAGGCCCAACACGGUGGAGAAAGCCAUGGAGGUGAGGGACGCUAUGGGGAAGGCUCUAUACGCCAGGCUCUUCAGCUGGAUCGUGAACCGGAUCAACACACUGUUGCGGCCUGACAGUCAACCAGGGGAGGAUGAUAAGGGCCUGAACAUUGGCAUUCUGGAUAUCUUCGGCUUUGAAAACUUCAAGAAGAACUCAUUUGAGCAGCUCUGCAUCAACCUCGCCAAUGAGCAGAUCCAGUUUUACUUCAACCAGCACAUCUUUGCUUGGGAGCAGGAUGAGUACCUGAAUGAAGAGGUUGAUGCUCGGAUGAUUGAGUAUGAAGACAACCGGCCUCUCCUGGACCUGUUCCUGCAGAAGCCGAUGGGGCUGCUGUCCCUGCUGGAUGAGGAGAGCCGCUUCCCACAGGCCACCGACCAAACACUCGUAGAGAAAUUUGAAGAUAAUCUGAAAACAAAAAGCUUCUGGAGACCUAAAAGGGUUGAUCUUGGCUUUGGUAUUCAUCACUAUGCGGGGAAGGUCAUUUACAACGCAUCUGGCUUCUUGGCCAAGAACAGAGAGACGCUCCCAGCUGAUAUCAUCCUUCUCCUGAGGUCAUCAGAAAACGAGUUGAUCCGUAAACUGGUCACUCAUCCUCUCACCAUAACGGGUAACCUUGCCCACACUAAGGGUAAAGGCACAAACACAAUGCAAGGCCCGCGGACACCUACACGGACCAUCACCUUGGCCAAGAUGGGGAUGCUUACAUUAUACAGCUCUUUUUCUAUUAGUGAGCCUUCUUGGAUAUUAAAGCACACUCCAGAAAAACAUUGCUUGCUCGAUGUGCCUCUUCAAGACACAGUGCAAGUUCAAAAGAAAUCAGAGCCUUCUGAUGCCACCUACCACCCAAGAGAAACAACCAACAUGAAGACACAAACUGUGGCAUCGUACUUCAGAUACUCUCUGAUGGACCUCCUAUCCAAGAUGGUGGCGGGGCAGCCUCACUUUGUCCGCUGCCUCAAACCCAACAAUGAUCGCCAGGCAAACAAGUUCGACCGCGAGAAGGUUCUGGUCCAGCUGCGAUACACUGGCGUCCUGGAAACUGCCAAAAUCAGACGACAGGGCUACUCUCACCGCAUCUUGUUUGCUAAUUUCAUUAAGAGGUACUACAUCUUGGCCUUUAAUGCUCACGAGGAGCCGGCUGCGACUCCAGAGACGUGCGCUGCAAUACUGGAGAAGGCUAAACUGGAGAAUUGGGCAAUGGGGAAAACUAAGGUGUUCUUGAAAUACUACCACGUCGAACAUCUGAAUCUGAUGGUGCAGCAGGCAACACAAAGGAUCAUCCUUCUUCAAGCUUCUGUCCGAGGCUGGCUGGGAGCCAAACGCUACCAGAGGCUGCUCAAAGAGCGAGAACAUAGUGCUCUAGUGCUUCAGUCAGCUUACAGAGGUCAAAAAGUCCGGAAGAAGGUAGCGGACGAUAAAAGCAAAGCAAAGUUUGAAGCCUUUAUAAUCCAAUUUCAGGCUGUUUGCAAGGGAUUUCUUGCAAGAAAGUCAUACAAGGAGUUGGUAGAUGAGAAGAACAAGGCAGCAACCAAGAUCCAGGCUCGCUACAGAGGGCACAAGGAGCGGAAAAGCUUCCAACGAAAACGGGAAGCCAAAGAGAAGGAGCGAGCAGAGAAGGCUCUUAAAGAAGAGCAGGGACAGGUGCCAGAUCUCACAAAAGGCAGUGCUGAUGAAACAGGCUCUAAUAAGGACAACAAUGAGGAGGAAGAAGCAAAAGCAGCAGUGGUUCUUCAGAGUAACUACCGAGGCUACAAAGAGAGAAAAAAGUUCAAAGAGAGGAAAAAGACACUGGCUGGCAACGAGUUGGAGAUACCAAAUGAGGCUGUGGAUCUGCAACAGGAACCUGAGGCAACCACUGCCAAAGGCAAAGAGGAGAACACAGCUAAUAAUCAGGGGGAGAGCAAUGAAGAAGAGGAUGAGAGCACCUAUGAGGCGGAGGAAAAUGAUGAUAGUGAUAACACUCAGGUACCAGAAGAUGAGGAGAACACAGAAGUUAUAGAUGAAGCUGUAAUUCAGGACGCAGACAUUGGAAAUGUAGAUGGACAGGAAAAGGCUCCAGGAGAUGAAGCUGUCAAUCUAGAGGAGGAAACCAAAGCAGCCACUGUUAUCCAAAGUAAUUUUAGAGGCCAUAAAGAGAGGAAGAGAUUACAGCAAGAAGGGAAGGUCCCAGCUAAGAAACAGAUAGGAAGCAGCCAGAAAGAGGAGCAGGCAGAACCAACGGAGGCUCUACCUGGAGCAGAUGUUUCUUCCACUGAUGCCAAGCUUGAUGACCCAGAGGAGACUAAGGCAGCUGUAGUGAUUCAAAGUAACUUCCGUGGUCAUAAGGAGAGAAAACGACUCGAGGAGGAAGGAAAGAUUCCCAAGAAAAACAAGAAGGAAUCAAAAAAGGAGGAGAAUGGUGCAAAGAUAGAGGAAUCCCUUCCUGACAACCAAGAGGGCAUUUUACCUGCAAGUCCAGAGGGACCAGAUGAGGAAAAAGCAGCAACUGUCCUUCAGAGUAAUUUCAGAGGUCAUCGGGACCGUAAGAAGCUGAAAGCUGAAAAAGAAGCACAGCAGAAAGUCAGCGAAGGAAGUGCCAGUCCUGACAAUACGGCGCAGGAUGCCAAAGAAAGGGAUGAGGCACUGGAUGUUACAGAUGUGGUUAUUGAACGCAAAGAGGAGGGAGACCUUGAAAAAGAAAGACAGGAGGAAGAGCAUGCUGCUGUGAAGAUCCAGAGUAACUUCAGAGGGUACAAGGACAGGAAGAACCUUAAGGCCAACAAGGAGGCAGCCAGGAGUGAAGCCGAGCAGCUAGAGAGCUUCUCCAAAGAGAUUGAAAAGACUUCCCAGGACUUUUCAACCCUGCAGCAAAAGCUGAGCGAGAUCAUCCAGGUGCAUCAAUCAAAUUCGGAAAACAAUGUAUUGUUUCUUAGAGGAAAAGCAAUCAAUGGCUACACCCCGCAGAUCCAGUCAGCUGAUAAGAGAUUUUCAAGAACCCCCCGCAGAACGCAACAACCAAAGACCCUGAACACACCGGAGGACUCCACUUAUUACACGCUCAUUCAUAGAUCUGUCCAGGAUGAUAAACGCAAGCCAAGAAAAGAAGAUCCUGGAAAGCUGCUUGAUGUGGAUGACCAAUAUUACCACACCCUGUCCACCAGCAGGUCCGAACCCUGCAUGGCCACCGAGAGCACAGCUGUCAGGGGGAAACCGGAGAGGAGACAAUCUGUAGAGAGGAGACAGUCAAUGGAGAGAAGACAGUCCAUGGACAGGAGACGAUCGACCCUUAGGAGUCAUCAUGGGGACAGGCGGACGUCCACAGAGCAAAGAUCUUCAGGUUCUACUCGACAGAUGAGAGAGAGGGCUGUCAGUGAACCCGAGCCUCCAAGACUCACAAAGCAAGACAACAGGCGUUCCAUGCUCAGAAUGUCCUCCACAGAAAGCCGAAGUGGAGAUAAUCCGUAUGAUUUCAGGCACCUGCUGAGGAAGACGUCGCAGAGACGAAGGCUCAUUAAAAAGUACUGAACGGAGAAAAUCCGAUACAGUCUUUGCAGUGCAUUCCUGCAGAGAUAUUAAACAUGUUAACGGUAUAUCUCUGUAAUGCUUCCUGCAGAGAGAAUGUUUCAGUGGUUUUUGAAAUGCUCUUGUUCAGCAAUGAAUUGUAAAUAACAAACUUGCAUGUAAUAAAACUACUGUAAAUUAAGAUUUAUUUAUAUUGUCUGUAAUGUAGUCAUUGAUUUAGAAUUUGUAUUGUCUCUUUAAACAUGGAAAGAUAUGAAGCUGUUGUCCAUUUUCCUAAACUUCGCAUUUUGAUUAAUUUUCAAAGAUACUCUUUUGGAAAAUAAACGUCAGAUUGGUCAUGUUAAAGAAAAAGUGUAAUCCUAUUGUAAUGUCCUAUUUUAAACAAAGUAUUUUAAAAUCC